GGGGGGCCGAAUUUGACUAGACACCGAAGCUCUCUGCGGCUGGGACAGGAAACAGUACACAGAGGAAGCUGUAGACUGACCUUCCAGGAGACAGCAUGGCUUCCUGUGCAGUGUCUGGGCUGCUGAAGGCUGGGUUGCCAAGACUAUGUUGGAAGUUUCCAGCUCGGAUUUCUCUACUGCCAUGCAGCAGGUUGUAUGCAACGGCCCAGUCCACUGCAGUGGAACAGACGCAGGAGACAAGCAUCAAAGAUUUUGACAAGUGGCUCAUCUCUGAGCCCCUAAAGCACCCCGACUUCUUUAACGUGAAGGAGCUCCUCUCGGUGAAGUCACUGUUUGAUUCCCACGUCCAUCUCGGUCACAAGAAAGGAUGCCGUCACAGGCUGAUGGAGCCAUACAUCUUUGGAUGCCGUCUGGACCAGGAUAUCAUCCAUCUGGACCAGACGCUGGAGCAUCUCUGGCUGAUGCUGAAUUUUACCGCUCAUGUCGCUUACCGCAAGGGCAUCAUUCUGUUUGUGAGCCGCCGCCGUCAGUUCACACACAUAGUGGAGAGGUUAGCCAACGAGUGCGGGGAAUACGCCCAUACACGUUUCUGGCAGGGCGGCCUGCUGACCAAUGCCAACAUCCAGUAUGGGAGCGGAGUGCGGCUGCCGGACCUCAUCAUCUUUCUCAACACCCUGAACAGCGUGUUUGAGCAGCAUGUGGCCAUACGUGAUGCCGCCAAGAUGAACAUCCCAACGGCUGGUAUAGUGGACACCAACUGCAACCCCAGCCUGAUCACCUACCCUGUGCCUGGAAAUGACGACAGCCCGGCCUCCUUGGACCUGUACUGCCACCUCCUGAAAACAGUCAUCACCCGUGCCAAGGACAAACGGAAACAGAUGGAAAUUCUCUAUGGACUGAGAGAGAAGAUGGCCUCUUCCUAGAUUGAUUCCUGUGCAGGUUACCCCUGCUGUAUUCUCAUUCUGAAAAUGGCUAGCUGUCAUAUUGAUCCAGUUGCUUUAGUACUUCUAAUGCCGCGUACUCACGAUCAGAAUUUCCGACAAGAAAAACUUGAAUUUUUUUCCGACUGAAUUUUGGCUC